AUGCUUUCAUUAAAUGCACAGGCGGUUGUCACAUCAAAUCUUGGUGUCAUUACCCAAAUGCCCGAAUCAAAUACCAUCGAAGCAGAACCACUCAUAAGUACACUAUUCGAAAAAACUAUGUCGGUCAAUGUGACAGCCCCACCUUCCACCAGUACACCACUGCAAAUGUUUGUGACAGAAAACAUAAUAGAACCAGACGCAGCCGCACCGUCGGACAUCUCAGUGCUAGCAACCACUGACCCAUUGAGCGUGCCUGUCACAGCCGACAUGACAUCACCACCUCCAAGCAUUGCACCAUUGAAUAUGUCUGUGGCAGCUGAGAUGGCAGAGCCACCCACCAGUGCUGCAUCCAACAUGUCUCUGCAAAGUAGCAUGACAGACCUACCAGAUAGUGCUGCAGCAUUAACUGUGUCUUUGCCAGCCGACAUGACAGCACCACCUCCAAGCAUUGCACCAUUGAAUAUGUCUGUGCCCGCUGAUAUGACAGAGCCACCCACCAGUGCUCAAUUGAACGAGUUUCCUUCAACUGACACCAUCGCACCACCACCAAGCACCGUAUCACAGAACAUGUCAGUGCCAGCCAGCAUGACAGUACCACCGCCAAGCACUGUACCAUUGGAUAUAUCUGUGCUAGCUAACAUGACUGAAUCGUCUACCAAUGUUCGAUCCAACACGUUUGUUCCAACUGACAUCACAGCGCAACCACCUAGCAACGCACCACUGAACAUGUCAGGACCAGCCAACAUCACUGCACCAUCGCCAACCACUGCACCAUUCAACGUAUCUGUGCCAACUUACAUGUCAGAACUGCCGAACAGUGUUUCAUUGAACAUUUUUUCGGUGGUGAACAUGACAGGACCACUAUCAAGCACUGCACGUUUAAACAUAUCUGUGCUCGCUAACGUGACAGAGCCACCUAUUACUGUUCCAUUGAACAUGUCUCUUCCAACUGGGAUGACAGCACCGUCAUCAAGUAUCGUACCACUGAACAUCUCAAUGGCUGCCAACAUGACAGCACUACCACCAAGCGCUCCACCAUUGAAUAUGUCUCCGUCAGCUAACUUCACAGAGUCAUCCACUGGUACUCCAGUCAACAUGUCUCUGCCAACUACCGUGACAGCCCUAUCGCAAAGCACUGUACCUUGGAGCAUGUCUUUGCCAGCCAACUUGACAACACCAACAGGAACUAGUGAAGCUUUGACCGUGUCAAUGCCAAGUAACAUGCCAUCAUCGCCAAUAAACGUUGCACUAUCGAACAUGUCUGUGCCAACCGACAUAACAGCAUUGUCACCCAGCACUGCAUCAUUUAAUGUGUCUUUUCUCGGGAAUUUCACAACAUCACCACCAGUGUCUGCAUCACUGAGCAUGUCUCCAGUAGCCAAUAUAACAGCACCAGCUGCUAGUAGUGCACCAUUGAACAUGUCUCUCACUGCUGGCAUCACAUCGCCACCAGUAACCAGUUCAUCGCUGAACAUGUCUGAGCCAGGGAACACAACAGAACCACUGACCAGUGCCCCAUGGAACAUGUCUCUUCCAACUGGGAUGACAGCAUCGACAUCAAGUAUCGUAUCACUGGACACGUCAAUGGCAGCCAACAUGACAGCACCGUCAACAAGCGUUGCACCAUUGAAUAUGUCUGCGCCAGCUAACAUGACGGAAUCGCCCACAAGUGCACCGUUGAACAUAUCUGUAACGGGAAACGUGCCAGCAUCACCAACCAGUGUACCAUUGAACAUGUCUGUGCUAGUUAACAUGACAGAGCCACCCACUAAUGCUUAUUUGAAUACGUCUCUACCGGCUAACAUCACAGCUCCUCCACAAAGCGCUGUACCAUUGAGCAUUUCUUUGCUCGCUAAUUUGACAGCACCAGUACAAACCGGUACACCAUUAAAUAUGUCUCUGUCGACUAACAUGAUAGAUCCACCGACCAGUGCCCCAUUGAACAUGUCUCUUCUGAUGGGGAUGACAGCACCGUCGUCAAGCAUCGUACCACUGAACGUAUCAAUGUUAGCACACAUGACAGCAGCAUCAACAAACGCUGCACCAUUGAAUAUGUCUGAGCCAGCUAACAUGACAGCAUCGUUGCCAACUAGUGGAAUUUGGAGCGUGCUGGGGCCGGGUAACGUCACAGGACCACCAUCAACGGAUGCACCAUCGGGCAUGUCGAUGCAAGCGAACGUGACAGCACUUCCGGCGAUCGGUGGAGGAUCAAAUGUAUCUGCCGAUUCGAAUUGGACAGUACCAUCGCCGACUGAUGUAUCAUUGAAUGGUUCUACCAUGUCUAUCAGUACAAAUACUGUGUUGGGUACGGGUUCAUCGAGCGCGGGUGGCAUGAGUUCGAUGGGAAUGCGAAAUACGACGAUAACUUCGUCGAUGUCUGGUCAAGUAGGUUCAUCACAUCAAGGUUCGGCGAGUGCAUCUAAUGAAAGCAUUCGUAGUGGGAUUGCAGGGCAAUGGUUCAUUCUGGUUGUUGCUUUGAUGCUGGCUGGGAUGGGUCGCUGA